AUGAACUUGCCAAGAACCGAGCAACUUCGCUCCACGCAACCGCGCAGCCUCCGGGGCUCCGACGGGGAAAACGGUGAGAUUGAUAUCCUGGGACAGGAGGAAGAUGAAGAGGAGGAGGAGGAAGACGAAGACGAGGAGCGCGAGGGGAACCAGCAGUUCCUAGAGGAGCUGAACCAACCCGGGCCGCAGGGGGUUCUCCAAGAGCACACCCAGGGCGAUGGCAUCCCGAGCGACCCCUCCGAAUUUGGCACCAGCUUCAGGGCAUCCGCGGGGUCUGCGGCGGCUUAUGGGGACACCCCGCAGCCGGCGAAGCCCCCCUACUCUUACAUUGCGCUCAUCACCAUGGCCAUCCUUCAGAGUCCGCACAAGCGCCUCACUCUCAGUGGCAUCUGCGCUUUCAUCAGCGGCCGCUUCCCCUACUACCGCCGCAAGUUCCCGGCUUGGCAGAACAGCAUCCGCCACAAUCUCUCGCUCAACGACUGCUUCGUUAAGAUCCCCCGCGAGCCAGGUCAUCCCGGCAAGGGCAACUACUGGAGCCUGGACCCCGCCUCCCAGGACAUGUUCGAUAACGGCAGCUUCCUCCGGCGCAGGAAGCGCUUCAAGCGCCGCCCCCCGCCUCCAGGCGCCCACCUGCACCACCCCUUUCCCCUUUCUGCCGGGCCGGCAGCCCUGCAGAGCCCCCACCCUGGCCUUCUGCUUCGGCCGCCGGCCUUACCUCGACCUGUUCCGCGGGCCUUCCCGGCCGCCGCUACUGGCAGCGGCCAGUGCGCUCUGCUGCACCCGCAUCCUCUUCGCUAUCUUCUGCUCUCGGCCCCCGCCUCCACUGAGACUCGAAGAAAAGCAGAAGGUGCGGACCUGGAGAUCUCCACCGCCCUCCCGCCGCUGCGAGCCCCGCUGGACUUCCAGCGGUGGGAGGAGGGCAAGGGACCUGCGUCGCGGCUGGGAGGUGGAUGCACCUCCUUCAGCAUCGAGAGCAUCAUGCAAGGGGUCAAGGGAGGGGGUACAGGGGUAGCGCAGAGUCUGCCCUCGGCUCCAUGGGGCUACUGCCACCUGCUGCAGCGCCCGUCGUGCCUGUUGCAUCCCCAAGCCGGUGUCCCCCUGCUACAUGUGUCUACCGCCUCCGCCACCGCACGGACGAUUUUGCAGCAGCAGCAGCAGCAGCAGCAGCAGGAGGACUGCAAAAGUGCGCUGCGGGGCCGGCGCCCGUCCGCUGCCGCGGCGCUACUGGGGUGUCAACCCGGGAUAGAAGGCUCCAGGUUAAUGUCGCCGGCGGCACCUUCGAGCGGAGAGGGGACCUCGCCGGCUUUUUGA